AGAAAAAGAAAACAUCAUAGAUUCCUAAAGUGAACACUAAGAAUUUCCCUCUCUUUAAUCAACACUCAUAUACGCUUUACUCAUCCAAAUACCACUUUUCUUAAACCACCGAACAAAUUAUCACUCAAAUGGCAAAACCAAGAUCAUAAAAUCUGUCCCUAAUGGAUUCUCCAACAUGUUCUCUCUCUCUCCUAACCCUGAUAAUUCUCACGAUCAUCAGUACUCUAAGUGCAUCCUUUGCAAGAACCCCUUGCAGAACCUCUUGCGGCAAAAUCCCAAUUAACUACCCCUUCGGCAUUGACGACGGCUGCGGAAGCCCUUACUACAGACACCUUCUCGUCUGCUCGGAAUCCGGCAAUCUAGAUCUCCGAACGCCUUCCGGACGGUACCCGGUUCGGACAAUAAACUACGGGACCGAUCCCCACAUCCUCAUCAUCGACCCUUUCAUGUGGAACUGCCACGACGGCGACAACUUCCGUUCCACCCGAGCCUUCAGCCUCGACGCCAGCACACACCUCUCUCUGUCCCCUCAAAACGAGUACCUCUUCUUCAACUGCAGCGGAACCGAUGUGAUCAUCGAGCCUAAACCCGUCUUCUGCGAGCGGUUUCCCGAGCGCUGCGACUCGUCCUGCGACAGCUCCAGCUAUCUCUGCCGCCACUUGCCCGAAUGCGGCUCGGUGGUCGGGGCAAUGAUGAGCGGUUCUUGCUGUUCCUAUUACCCCAAAGCGACCGAGUCUUUGAGGCUCUUGUUGAGUCAUUGUGCGAGUUAUACUAGUGUGUACUGGAGAAACACUGGGGAAACUCAGCCGUAUGAUCAGGUGCCUGAGUAUGGGGUUAGGGUUGACUUUGACGUUCCGGUGACUACGCGUUGCCUUCAGUGCCAGGACAUGACCAAAGGAGGUGGGACUUGUGGGUUUGAUAUACAUAGUCAGGAUUUCUUGUGCUUGUGUGGGAAAGGAAAUGUGACUACUUAUUGCGAUGAUCAAAGUGGUUCUGAGCAUAGAAGAGUUGGAGUUAUUGCAGGGACAGUGAGUGCAGCGUCGGCAGCUGGAGUGUUAGGAAUUGGAGCUGGAAUUUGGUACUUGCGGAAAGUUAGAGCAACCGCACCAGUGACAUGUGGGGUACAAAGCAAUGAGAACAGGCUUUUUUAAAAGACACAAAAGAAUAUGAGUGAUCCUAUACACUUUUUUUUUAAUUUUAAAUUUAAUUGUUUUAGAUAUAUAUAUUUUUUUGUUCAUCAGCCUUCAUCUCUCCGUGUAUCUUGAUGGAUUUUUGUCUUAAUAGUUUUCAACAUUGUGAAGCGAGGUUAACUUUUAU